AUGGAGAAAAAAGAGGCAGGGACGCCUCCACCCAGGGAGGGGCGGCUCCAACCCACGCUGGUGCUGGCCACGCUGAGUGCAGCCUUUGGCUCGGCCUUCGAGUACGGCUAUAACGUCGCCGUGGUCAACACGCCACAUAAGGUCCUGAAGUCCUUUUAUAAUGAAACCUUCUUCGAGCGACAUGGAACCUUCAUGGACGAGAAGGUCAUGCUGCUGCUCUGGUCCUGCACUGUGUCUGUGUUUCCUCUGGGCGGCUUGGUGGGGUCGCUGGUUGUUGGCCUGCUGGUUGACAGAUGUGGCAGAAAGGGGACCCUGCUGAUCAACAACGUCUUCGCCAUCAUCCCCGCCAUCCUGAUGGGAGUCAGCAAAGUGGCCAAGGCUUUCGAGCUGAUCAUCUUUUCUCGAGUGAUGCUGGGAGUCUGUGCAGGCAUCUCCUACAGUGCCCUUCCCAUGUACCUGGGAGAGCUAGCACCCAAGAACCUUAGAGGCACGCUGGGAACAAUGACAGAAGUUUUUGGCAUCGUGGGAGUCUUCCUCGCACAGAUCUUCAGCUUGCAGGCCAUCCUAGGCAACCCCACAGGCUGGCCUGUGCUCUUGGCCAUCACAGGAGUCCCUGCACUGUUACAGCUCCUCUCUCUGCCCUUCUUCCCCGAGAGCCCCCGUUACACCCUGAUUCAGAAAAGAGAUGAAGAAACAGCGCGACAAGCUCUGCGGAGGCUGAGGGGCUGGGCAGAUGUGGAGGAUGAGAUGGAGGAGAUGCGUGUGGAGGGCCAAGCCGAGCAGGCCGAGGGCCGCCUGUCCGUGCUCAACCUUUUCACCUUCCGGCCUGUCCGCUGGCAGCUCAUCUCCAUCAUAGUGCUCAUGGCCGGCCAGCAGCUCUCCGGGAUCAAUGCGAUCAACUACUACGCGGACACCAUCUAUGCAUCGGCUGGCGUGGCGGCCACUCACUCCCAGUACAUAACGGUGGGGGUCGGCGUGGUCAACAUACUAAUGACCGUCAUCUCGGCGGGUACCGUGGAGCGGCUGGGGCGGCGGCGCCUCCUGCUGGUCGGCUACGGCAUCUGCGGCUCCGCCUGCCUGGUGCUGACACUGGCGUUGCUCUUCCAGAGCGCGGUGGCUGAGCUGUCAUACCUGAGUGUCAUCUGUGUCUUCGCCUACAUCGCCGGACAUUCCAUGGGGCCCAGUCCUGUCCCCUCCGUGGUGAGGACGGAGAUCUUCCUGCAGUCCUCGCGGCCGGCCGCCUUCUUGGUGGACGGGGCUGUGCACUGGCUCACCAACUUCAUCGUGGGCUUCGUGUUCCCAUCCAUCCAGGAGGUCAUUGGCGCCUACAGCUUCAUCAUCUUUGCGGGUAUCUGCCUCCUCACGGCUGUUUACAUCUAUGAGGUCAUUCCUGAAACCAAGGGCCGAACAUUUGUGGAGAUAAACCGAAUUUUUGCCAAGAGAAACAGAGUAGAGAUUCCAGAGAAAGGAGAAGUCGCAGAUGCUGGCCGUCACCUUCCAUCUCUCCCUGCCAAAGAGACGUCCUUUUAGUGGCCCUUCAAGGCUUCCUUCUCUGAGGAGGGGAACUCUGCCCCAGGUCCUGAGGGAGGGUAACAGCCGUGAGGUUUCCUGCCCAAGGCGGCAGCAGUGGGAAGCCAGUGGGAUGCUUGGUCCCUGAUUUGGUUGAGAAGUGGGUGGUUAGCCGCCAACUCUAACCCUGGGAGAAAUGACGUAGGGGAUGGGCAGGUUUGUGAGAAUUGAUCAGCAAGAAUAUAUUCUCUGCUUCUACAUCAGCAUCAAAACUUGAGUGA